CCACCACACACGGAAUAUAAUUUCACAAUAAAAUCACCAAGAAAUUGGAAAAAUAAUACAUCUCGGCAUCCACAGCGAUUUUGUUUGUAGAAAAAACAAAUAUUAGCUGCAUGAAACGGCCAAAGUUAGAGUGCCCACCAUCCUUACCUUCCACCCCUAACUUAGCAAAAAUCUGCUCAUUUUCAGCUAAUCAUUUCAUCUUAUUAAUUCCUCAUGAUCAUUCCUAUGUAAAUCCAUCAACUCUCUCCUCAUUAAAUCAGAUGUAGACUUGCCAUCAAUUCAUCAUUUUCUCUAUUUUCACCAUCUUCGAUCGAAAGUCCAUAAUUCCCAAUAUAUUGCUUUUCUGAUCAAUGGAGCAAGCAAGAUAUUGGAACAUAUGGGCUAAGAGGAAACCCGAUUCGAAUACUCAUCAUAUUCUUGCACCCGCAGCCGCCAUGAAUUCUUACGGCGAUUCGUGGGAAGAACAGGCUUUUGCAGAAGAUGCAGCUGGAACACUUGGAGGCUGCGUUUGGCCUCCCAGAUCUUAUUCUUGCAGCUUUUGCAGAAGAGAAUUCAGGUCAGCGCAGGCUCUUGGUGGUCACAUGAAUGUCCACAGGAGAGACAGGGCUAGAUUGAAACAGUCUUCAAUUUCUCCAACUGAAGUUGUACCUCAAAAUCAUGCUCUCAACACUUGUGCCUCUUUUGAUGCUCCAUACUCAUCUCAGAUAUGUACUUUCUCGUACAAUAACCCUAACCCUGAAUUUUCUGAUAGGGGGCAAUUGGUUUCAACCCCCAGUUCUCAUGUCAUUAGGGUUUCAUCUCCACCCGCUACAAAAGUUAUAAAUAGCGAGGAGAAGAUGUCAACCCUUUGUUUCUUUUCACCUCUUGUUCAGAAAACCCAUAAGGAGAAUAUAGUUUCAUCACAUCCUCCAUCAUGGUCGAGCUUUGUUGCUGGAAAGAGAGAUCAUGAUUUGGGUUCAGUCAAGAAUCAUGAAGAGAACAAAUCGACUACUGUCGAGCCAGACUCUAGGGCUGAAAAAGAAGACUGCGUUACGGAAGAUUUGUCGAUGAGCUUGAAUUUGGUGGUUUGUCGAGCGCAAACGAACACAUCUAGCGAUGAGGAAGUAGCGAGUUGCAAGAGAAGGAGAAUAGAAGAAAAGCCCUUGAGUUUCUUCCCAAAAUUGAGUCGUACUGUUGAUAGAUGUGUUUCACCGUCAGAGGUGUUGAAACUGCGUCCUGGUUCUGCUGAGGACCUGGAUCUUGAGCUCAGGCUAGGUGAUGCUCCUAAGGUGAAGUAAAACUGCAAACAAAUUAAGACUUGCACCACUUUGCUAAUUACUUUGUAUGUGUUUAUUUCAGCAGAAUUAAAAGCUUAAUUAUCUCCUCUCCUUUUAUUAAUCUUGAUUAGAGAUGCCAAUUAAGGCCUCUUAAAUCUCUUGAAUAUUACUAUGAUUUAAUUUCUUCCCCAAAUUCAUGUGGAAUUUGAAGUUUGUAUUAGUAAAUGAAAUGCUAAUUAAUGUAUGUCCCGAAACACUAAAUUAAGCAUGUGUAGAGUCUUUUUCACAUAAAUGAGAGGGAGAAGACUGCAAAAGUUGAGAGAGUCCAUCAGCUUGAUCUUCAUUCGUAUAUACAGAUAGUUGAAUUUUGGGUCAUUAUGUCUUUUAUUCCUUUUGCCCCCCAAGAAAAUUUGUCAGUAAUGUAUGCAAAAAUCCUUGGUAGUUUACAGUUGCAUGUGUCGUCUGAAAUAAAGGAAACUGUUAGUGUAGUGGAUGAGGCUAUCUAUGAUCAGUGGGGAGUUGUUAUUGAAGUUCUUAUAGCUAGAUAUAUAGCUAGGAGGAUAUAAGUAAUUAGCCCAAGAAUCUAUAUUUUUCGACAUCAACGUAUAUUGUUGUUAAUUACGCGUUAUUAUCACAGAUUUUUGUUUGAAAAGGUUAGCAGCUAUCUCAAGAAACAAGUUCAUUUAGUCAUCAUCUUUCACAUAGAUCGAAGAGUCUGUCACUUAAAACUCAUCAUUAUCUAUGUUCGUCUUAAUUGCCUGACUAGCCACUUCCGGCAAGAUUUACAAGGACUAUUUUGUUGUAAUAUAUGUUUUUAUUUUAUGUCACAUAUUAGGAGUCUCUCUCAGUCUGUGUGUGUGUGUGAGAGAGAGAGAGAGAGAGAAAUGAGGAGUCUGUUGGAGAGAUGAAGAAACUGAGUGAAAAGUGCAUGGAAUGCAGUGAGCAAACAGCUACUUCCCCAGUCAUGAUCAGUACUGACAUGUUUGUAUCAGUAUAUGUUCAUCUCUAAAAACUAAGCUCCGGAGGAAGGAAGACAGAGAUGUAGGUAGUAGGGAAUUUUUCAUUUUAAAGUACAUGGAUCCUUUGUAUUAUUAUGAUAUGAUUCAUGUGGAGGGAGGGAGCAUAUAAGUCCGUCCAUGCACUUGCCUUCUCUUGUUUCGCUUUUGCUGAUGGAUGAUCUCUCAAA